UGUUGUUAGGCACUUCCAGCAUUGCCGAUUUCAGGAUGUUGUUAAAGGAUUUAGUGUGAUGUUUUUUCUUCUCGUUAUGGAUUUAUCGUAAAGCUUUGUUUAUUUACACUUCGUAGUUUAAGGUACCAUGGAUGCCGUCUCUAACGAUCCGUAUGUUAACUUCAGACCACCUCCUGAAGCUCCUGUCUUUACACCAACAGAGGAGGAGUUUGCUGAUCCGUUAGGUUACAUAGCAAAAAUAAGGUCGAUUGGAUUGCAAACUGGUAUUGUGAAAAUAAAACCACCACCGGUAAGUUAGUUUACUUUAAAUACCAUUUAUCGUUAUUAUCUACCACCUCUUAUAAUAUGUAUGUUGUUGUAGUCAACGUUAUCUACGUGUUAAUGCGUGAAGUUAGCAAAGAUGUAUUCUACGUGCGCUUUUACAGUCUUGAGAUGGCGACUACCCACCGACGUCAGCCACCGUUUCUCACCAUUCCAAUGUUGCCUACGACUGCUCAGGCAGGCCUCGUCCUCAGUCCGUGCAACCAUUUGGGAGGGUGGAGUAUCGUCAAUAUGCCCCUAAUGCAAUCCUUAUUAACAAUAUUUUGUACAUCAAUGAAUAUGAUGCAUAAUUGAUUUUAAAUUUGUUUGGAAGUUUUCUUUUAAAGGUUGUCUUAAUUUUAAAAUGAUAUAUUUUAGGCCUAUUUAGUAGGCAGAGUCCUUUCCUUUUUGACUUUUUCCAAAGUUUGGGUAGGCCUUCAUAUUGUAUUCAUGUCAUGAUGAUGUAGCCUUAAAUUGGAUAGUCUUACAAUAAAGUCACAUAUAAUGAAUUAUGAGGUCUCUUGUAUCUGUACUUGUGUAGUAGUAGUUGUAAAUAUUAAUUUUGUAGGCUAAUCUUCCUGAGUUUUUUUUUUAAAGGCAAGGUAAAAUUAAAUAUUAACAUAGACAUUGACAUAGAGUUUGGAAUAAUUAGUUAAAUUAGUUGGUAAUUAUAAAUCCCAGGCCUAAUUAAUUUAGUUUCCAGGUCAGGUUGACAUAGGCUUUUUGAUAAUCUUUAAAAUUUAAAAAGUUGAUGUCAAAUCAUAUAUUUUUAUUAAACUCUUCUCCUUCAAUAAAAAGGUCCAUUAAUAUUCUAAUUAAUCUAAUGGUCAGUCCUUACCAUUCAAUGACAAUGGCUAAAACAUAAGCGUACCGGUAUAUAGGCCUAUAGUAUAGCCCAUUGGCACUGGGACAUUCAUUCUGGAAUAUAUAAAUAUUAUUAGUGUAAUGAAAAGUAAUGCAAAGCUUGUGACUUGUGUAAGAAAUUUCCUUUUUUUUAAAAAAAACAAUAUUUUAGGACUGGCAACCACCAUUUGCUGUGAAUGUAGAAACUUUCAAGUUUACCCCAAGAAUUCAAAAGUUAAAUGAACUAGAGGUCAGUAAUUUUUUUUCUUCUUCAGUUGAUUAAAAUACAUGUUCAUUCCUGUGUUUGUAAAUGUUAAUGUGGUUAAAUUAUCAUUUUGCAAUUUUAAAAAAAAAUUAAGUACUCUGACAAUUAAAAACAACAUAAUGCAAAAAAUAUUUUCCCAUUAUUUUUUUUAUAUCAUUCAAGAAUUUACUGUUGUCUUCUCACUUUCUUUGUCAAAAAAUUUACAUGAAAUAUGUUAACUAAGUGCUGGCUUGACUACAACCUAAGGAUUUUAUAUAUUCUGAAGUUAACAAAUAUAAAAUUAAAAGGAAAGAUUUUGGCAGCCAUCUUGGAAAGGUUGGCCAAAGAGUCUACAGUCAAAGAAGUUAUGAACAAAUCAUAUUAUAAUUAGCCUUAGUUAAGUCUUUUUACCCCCUAAAAAGCCCUCUCCUUUGUCAUUAUUAAUCAAUCAAAAUAUAAAAUUUAUACAAAUAUUUGUUUUAUUACUUUUCAUCAGGCUCAUUCUAGAAUUAAACUGAAUUUCUUUGAUUGCUUGUACAAGUUUUGGGACCUCCAGGUUAGUGGUUUUGUUAUAGUUUUACUCAUACUUUCAAUUGUUUUAAAUAUCUAUUAGCAAUAUUAUUUUCUUUUGAAAGAUUAUUGCACCUAGCUGCAGCAAAGUUUUCAGUUUCAUAAAUGUCAAAAUCAAGACUAUCGUCUUCUUUGAGGGUUGAAUCAAGAUUUUUAGAAAAUCUGCUCUUUUAUUGUUAUGAUCACUGAUUGUUUAAAAAAAAUUUAUUACAAACAUGGUACGGCUCUAUAGCCAGUUGUGGGAUGACCUUGGAGUUGGAUGCUUUUCACUGUUAAUAUCUCUACUAUAUAUUCAUUUUUAUCAGGGAUGCACAUUAAAAAUUCCAACAGUGGAGCGGAAGAUAUUGGAUCUAUACAAGCUGUUCAAGGUAAGAUUAAACUUUGAUCAUUCUUGCUUUGGAGUUAUUUUGGAGUGCUAUUCUAUUGUGAGGAUUUGUGAUUCUGGAUCAGUGUGAAAUUUCUCCUGGAUUUAUUUUAUUUUGCCUGCAAUACUUAACAUAAGGAGUCAGGGUGUGUUUUAGACUUGAUUAAAUUAGCUUAUUUAGAGUGGUUAUCUUAUUCUUUAGGAUCUUUAUUUAUUAGAAAAAGCAGACAAGAAUUUAUUGCAAAAUGAAUCUUUUCAAACUCUCAUAAAGUUAUAUAAUCCUGUGUAUUUUGUGUGGACUUCUGUGUUUUCAUUCAAUGGAAUUCAGUCAUGGAUGACAUUAUUUGUGCUCAGAAAGGUUUGUACCUGCUUUAUUCUUUAUACUUAUUUUUAAUGAGCUAAGCAAACACCAUUCUAGAUAAAAGAAAACUACUUUUUAUAACAGCCAUUUUGAUUGUAAAUAUAGAAGCAACAAUCAUUUUAAAAGUAAUUAAACCAAGUUUUUUUCUUAGUACCAGUACUUAAGCCAAUGGCAUAGAGAAAUAGGUAUUAAACUUCUUAAUCUUAUAAAAUAUAGUUAAGGCUAAGGAAAUGUUUAGGACUAUCAUUGUGUAUAUUUUUUAAAAAAUCAGCCCCCCUCCCCACCAUUCAGAAGGAAAUGUAAAACAAGUUAGUUAAAUUAUAGAAGCCUGUCCAGGGCUACUGGUUGAAUUGGUCUGUACUCUCAGCCCUGUCUAGGAGAAAAAGAACAAUGCAAAAAUAGCCCAAUAAAAGCUUAAAAUUGAGAAUUAAUUGUUUAAGUUUAUACAUAAACAUGACCCUCCCUCCCGAUAAGAAUAAACAAAAAAAUGCUUUGUGUUCACAUUCACAUAUGCGGAGGGCUAAUGGAAAUUAUAGAGUGCGCUGUGGGAAUGGUAGUUGUAAGUCUUAUCGGAUCAAAAUGGCAUGAAAUUGAAAUAGUCCCAUUUUGGCUUGGCGACGUCAUCGAUUCCCCUUUUCUGAAGUAGCAAAAGUAGUGACACCAACUUUGUUUUUUUUUUUCGGGGGUGGGGGGAUGUUUGCUCAGAUUGUGUAUUAGUUUCAUUACUUCAAAGAACAUAAACAAAUAUUUUUAUCUAUUAAUUUGGGAUGCUUUUUGGAGAAAGAAUAAAUUCUGUUGCUAUGUCGGUUGCGUGAUAUAAUGGAGCAUAUUGAUUGGUUGAUUGUAGCUAGCAAGGCCUGAAACGAACUCGGGUCUGGUGACAGGGAACAAAGAAAAAUUCUUAACUGGAGCUCCGAUUAUGCUAUGCUAACCAAUAGGGUUAUUACAGUAGAUUUUCAAUGGUCUAUUUUUCAGCGUUGGCUGGUCCCAUAACCAUUCGAUAUAUAAAUAUACUGUGUGUGUUUGGUAGGGGGAAAAAUGGGGGGGGGGGGGUGUUCUCACCUGGCUUUCUAUUUUUCCAGCAAAGAAAAAAAAUAGACGGAAAUCAAAUUAUUAAAAAGUUUUAUUAUUUAAACAAAUAUUUCCUACCCCACCUCUAAAAAAAAUAAUAGAAGUAUUAAAAAAAUUAACGCGUCUACUGUAAAACAGUUAAAGGUGGUUUUUAAUUUUAUAAGAAUUCAUGGGUCGUGGGUGGGUGACUUUAGACCUAGAAUAUCCUAAUUUAUCAGCAUCAAUAUAUAGUUUAUAUAAGGGCUUUUAAAAGUUCACCAAACAUUAUAGCUCCACAUCUAUAAAAGAUAGAAAGAUGAAUUUUGUGUUUUUUCAAAGAUUAUUGAUUAAUAUAGAUUGUCCUUAAAUAUGAUAAAUGAUUUAUGAUUAUGGGAAUUGGGCAUGAAGUACAUAAUCAAGUAUGCUACUGGGCAUUAUUUUGGAGUUGUUAUUUAUUUUUUUAAUUUUUUAAAUAUUUGGUAUAAAACACCCUCACCCAUGCAUACUUAAUAUAAAAUAGUAGCUAUGGGGGUCGUCCAUUAAUUACAUCAACAAUUUUUACGCAAUUUUUUAACCCCCCCCCCAUAUUUAAUUAUGUUAACCCUUAUUUUUUAACCCCCCCCCCCCAAUGAAUUAAUAAUAUUAAUAAAUUAUAAAUACAUUUUACUUUGUGCUGAUCUAUUUAAAAUGACACAUAAAAUUGUAGGGAAAACAUUUUAUUUCAUGUUUAGCUUGUUACUCAACAAGUUAAAAAAAUUUUUACACUUAAAUUUUAUAAAGCAGAAUCAAUUAAAAGGUUGUUAAGGACUAAAUAUCAUUGUAUGUGAAAGUAUAAAUAUGAUUUUUGUCAGUAUAGCUGACAAUUAUAGUAUAGUUUCUAGCUGCUCUUAUCUUCCCAGGUAGUAGCCAGGUGUUGCUGAAUCGUAACAAUGGGCAUCAGGGAAUUCAUUCAGCACUAACCAUUCAGCACUUAAAAUAGAAGUAUUGUGGGUGUGAAUAAUAAUUGCCAUAAGCUCUCUCAGUAUUUGAGUUGGUAUAGUUGUUAUUGAACACUGAUGAGGUGGUGUUUUUUUAAAAUUGAACACUGUUUACAAUGAUGUGUUUAUCAUUCUAGGGAGCGGAUUAAGAGAAAAAUGACUUCUCUUGCACUAACAAAGUGUGCUAACAUUCUGACCAACCAUCUGCAGUGUACAGAAAGACACACAUUAAAUAACUCUUAUUUUGUUAAGAGCCUAAACAUAUAUGACUAUUUAUACUCAUUAAAUUGUUUAAAAUAAUGUAGGAACCAGUCAGUUUUUAAGAUUUUUUUUUAUUUAAUAUAAAAAAAAAACAUGAUUGUUUACUUCAAAAACGUUUCCACCCCCCCCCCCUUAUUUUGUUUAGGUAAUUAAUGAAUGCCCCCUAUUUCCACCCCUACUUACUUCAAUUUGAGUUCAUUUAUUGAUUUACUGUACACUUUUGAUAAUGAACAUUAUGACCAAACACCAUUAUUGCCAACAUGAUUAAUUAUUUACAUUUUAAAAAAAAAUUAAAAAUAGAAGCUCUGAGAACCUUUUUGAAUUUAUUUAGUCAUUUUAUGGUUAUAAUUUAAUUAAUUUAUGUCUCUGGGUUUCCUGGGUUAAAAUAACAUCAAACUAAAUCACCAGUAGCAUCUCAAAGCUUGGAAAUAGGCUUUAAAAAAAAAUUUAAAACAAAAAAAAAAUUAAAUAUAAUAACUUUAGCAUAAACAUCUUCUAUAACUCAUCUAUUUUUUCACUUACUACCCUAAUAAUUUUUCACAUGUAAAUGUAAGUGCAUUUAAAAGCAGAUUGUUUAGAAUAAAUGUACAUCUUUUAGUCACCUAGAGAAAAUGUUCCUAGAAUCUAAGGAAAUGGCUUCCCUCUUUAAAGACGAAUCUAAUCUCUAUUAUAAUUUCAUAUAUCAGGUCUCUUGUUACCCUCAUUUAUUUUAAAAGCCCAUGGCUGCAUACAAUUUUGGUCCCUUAGCGUUUUGCUUUCCUUAGGAAGUAAGUCCGUUUGGAGUGUGGGUUUUAAUAUGCUUUUUCUUUCAAAUAAAUGGCUUAAAUUCUACUUUUAAUGAUAUAUAUACAAAGUGCAACUUAUAUACUAAUUGAUACAAAAAAAUUUCUGUUAGUCUGUAGAGGAAGAAGGUGGCAUGGAGUUGUUGAACAGGGAGCGACGCUGGUCUCGUGUUGCCAACAAAAUGGGUUAUCCACAUGGGCGAGGAGUUGGAGGAACACUCAAACACCACUAUGAGCGUAUAUUAUUUCCCUUUUAUUUGUUCAAGAAAGGAGAGACUGUAAAGUUUAUCCCCGAGGUAAAAUGGAUACAAAUAUUAAAACUAUUUGCUUAUUCUAAAUUUUACAAAUUAAAUCACACUUUUUUGUUUGUUUGUUGCAUUGUCUGCUAUUAUAUUUCGCAGCAGAAAUGUGUUGUUCUUGAUAAACUUGAUUAUAAUGCAUUAAAUAUUUAUCCAUUGUUUUUAUUUUGCAGCAGAAACCAGUUGUUCCUGAUGAACAUGAUAAAGCUGACAAAGACUACAAACCCAAUUGGAAGAUCAAUGCAGACAAGGAAAAAGGCCGGAAGUCAAAGCGUUCAGUCAAAGAGGUUAAUUAUUCUUGUUAUUUUGUUGCUAGGCCAAGUUGUAUUUGUAUUCUAUCUUUCCAAUUAAAGUCAGGAUUUGAACAGAUCUUUCUACUUCACAUUAAUUUUUUUUCAGACCAGUAAUUAAAAUAAAAUUACAUUAUAUACAUGCUUAUUUCUCAGAUAUACCACAUAUUGUAAAGAACUGUAGGUAUUAGCAAAGUACAAGAUGCAAAAAAUAUAAUUUUGUCUUUGUAAACAGAAAUAAAAUUUAAUUUAAAAAAAUAUUUAUCAAAUCCUGGCUUUGUUUUAUGUUAUAUCUUGCGUGUCGCAACUCAUUUUACUAUUGCUUCGAACAAUUGACCUCUCCUACUCCAUCUUCAUAUGAGCGUAUUAAGAAACAGAGGAGUUUCUCAUCAUGAAUCAUAUAAAGUCGAUCUCAUUAGAUUCUAAUGUAACCUCAAUUGGGCUAUUUCAGAGCCCAUCUCCAUCACUUGAUGAUUACGAGUGCUUGAUAAGAAAGGUCAGCAAUUUUCUAAUUAUUCUCUCUUUAGCUUUACAAAAGAAUCAAAUUUUCCAUGUGCAGCAUAACUAGGUAAACACAAAGUUACACAUUUAUUAUAAAAUUUCAUACUUUUUUUUUCAAUAAUCUCCAUUUACACAAAAAGGGAUUCAUCACAAACAGUGGUAAAGGAUUGGGGAGGAGGCAGGACUUUUUUUUGUGGUAUAAAUAGGUUCCCUAUUUUCGGCCAACUGCAGAGUUGUUUUUUUCUGUUUGGGGGUUGGGGGGGGGGGGGCAAAUUUUUUGACCUGCCCAGAACUGCACUAACCCUUACUAUGACACUCAUCCCAAUCAAACCUAAACAGGAUAAUAUUUAUAAAAAGAUGUCUCCAACAAUCCUAACCAUCAUUUGUACAGAUCUUUCUACUUCACAUUAAUUUAGGAGCUACAACGUUCCUUCAGCAAAGACAACAAACACUCAUAUUUGUAAAAAUAUUAACCUAAAUAGUACUUAUUCAAGACUGCCAAGAAUAGUCUUUUUUUCAGACUAAUGUGGUGCAAAUAAGACUGGCCAGAUAAAAAUUUAAAUCUAUUUAAAAUUUAUAAGCACAAUAUAUUUUAUAAAAGCUUGCUUCAUAGGGUGCCUGGGAAUGCUUAAGAUUUUGCUGUCCUUAGAUUAUACCUCCUUCAAAAGAAACAAGCUGAAAAAUAUGUUUUUGGUUGAUGUUGAUUUUUAAAAAUCAUUUUGUACAUUUGUUGCAAAGAGAAGAAUUUUAGUUGGUAUUAAUGCUCGAAAAUGUUGUUUGUGUCAUAAGAAAAUUAAGGAUUAGCAAAUUUUUUAUUAUUAUGUUUUUAAUUUAAGCAUUAAUGAAUCUAUUGAAGGUGCUUUCUGUUUUGCAUGGAUUCAUACUUUUGGUUUAAUUUUAAAAAAUGACACUUUAAUUUCACUGUUUUAAUAAAAUUUUGGUGCUUUGCCUCAGAUCUAAAGCUACUUGAUGUUUGUUGCUAAACAUAUAAUUUGUUUGUAAAUGAACAAUUUUCAGGACCCUGAUAUUGAUUACAGCAAAAAUAGUGAACUCAAGAAAUUACAGUUCUUUGGUGCAGGACCCAAGGCUGCGGUUCCAGGAUCAAAAGGUUUAUGAUGCUUCCUUUUGUUGACAUCAUUUCUUAUCUAUUAACAAGUAUAAUCUUACAAAUCCCUUCCACUUUUGUAUCAGAGUUUAAUAUAGUAAUUUCACUGAUGCUUGAAAGCAUAAUCUUUUGUAAAAUAAAUCUGUAUUGUUGACCUAAAAUGAGCCUCUACUAUAUUCUUACCAGAUGAGGUAGACUUUAAACCUGAAGAAAAGGUUGAUAACCGUAAGAGCAGGAUGAAAAUGUCAAUUCCUGGAGCUUAUUCUGGGGUAAGAUUCACUAAUUCUUUAAAUGAAAAAAAAUUAUAGUGUUAUUUUCUUGAAACCUCUGUUACUGUAAACUCCAAAAUUUAAUUUGUUCAGACUUCUAUCAGUGAUCCAAAUGUAUCAAGGAUGUUUUUUUUAAUAUUCAAAGGUUAGGGCAAAUGAUCUAAACAUGCUAUAAUUUGUGUAGGCUGACAAAUACUACUGUCAUAUGUGUGGGCGUGGUGAUGGAGAGGAACAAAUGCUUUUAUGUGAUGGCUGUGAUGAUGCAUUUCACACUUACUGCCUAGUGCCUCCGCUUGCUGAAGUACCAAAAGGAGACUGGCGGUGUCCAUCAUGUGUCAAACAGGCAUGUUAAGAGUUUUUUAAAAACUUAAAAUUAGUGCAACAAAACAAAUUGCUUCAAAUCAACCCAGUGUUUUCUGAAUAUAUGCAACAGCAAGACUUUAGGUCUUGUUUUUUACUUUCUGUUAAUAAUAGAAAAAAUUAACUGUCAAAUUGAAAUUAGUAUGCUUUGAUUGUGCAGGCUUGUAGCAAACCACUGGAGCCUUAUGGCUUUGAUCAGAGCAAAAGGGACUACACUCUACAGUCUUUUGGAGAAAUGGCAGACCACUUUAAGGCAUCCUAUUUUAAAAUGCCAGUUCAUGUAAGUUUUCAUAUCAAUACAUUUAUAUUUUAUAAUAAUAAGCAAUUUUUGGAUUACCAAAGAUAGAUACAUGUUUUGUUUCAUGGAAUUUAUAAAGAAAAAUUUCAAAUAAAUCUGCAAUUCUUUGCCAACAGAAAGUAACAACUAGUCAAGUGGAGCGAGAAUUUUGGCGUUUGGUAAAUAGCUUAGAAGAGAAUGUAAUGGUCCAGUAUGGUGCUGACAUCCAUGCUAUGGAGAUGGGGAGUGGAUUUCCCACCAAAUACACAGAAGAUUUAUUACCAGAAGAUGAGGUAAAAAAAAUAUGUCAUUAUAGAAAGCUUUUUUAAAAUAAUUGCUGAUAUUUUGCAUUUAUAUAUUGAGAAUAAUUUAUUGUCAAAUGACUAGUGUACAUAUAUUUUAGCUUGGGCACUUUUAUGUUGUUCCAAAGAUGUUAUAAGUUUUUGUCAUGUCAAGAUUGAUUUUAUUCCAGGAAUAUGUUACAUCAGGCUGGAACCUCAACAACUUGCCUGUACUGGAACAGUCUGUUCUAUGUCACAUCAAUGCUGAUAUUUCUGGUAUGAAAGUACCUUGGUGUUAUGUGGGGAUGUGUUUCUCAAGCUUCUGUUGGCACAUUGAGGAUCACUGGAGUUACUCUAUCAACUACUUGCAUUGGUAACUAUCAACUUACUAUUGUAACGAUUGGCAACAAAUGUGGGGUAUAACCACUGUUACUGGUUUAUUGUCUGACAAUGGAUGUAAUGCAAUGCCUUGAUGUAUUUACAAAAAAAAAAAAAUGAAGUGGGCCUUUUUAAUAUAGAAUAAUUUCUUUGACCUGUAAUAUUUAUUUGCAUCUAAUUUGUAUGGUAUAAUAAAAAAAAUUUAAUGUCAUCUUCAAGUAACUUCCUUUAGAUUUUUAACUUGAUUAUUCAUAAGGACUUAACUGCUUUACUAAUAUUAUUAUGAUGAUAUUCAAUUGUAUGCACUUUUAUUUUUGUUUAUUGGCUAGCUAAUUCAAUAGUUUGUUUCAACUUUUUUGUUCUAUUUACUUCUAUAGUACUUUUAGUACUAUUUUAGAUUAAUGAAUUUAUUCACUCUAAAUUUAUUUUGCUGAUCUAUAAGGACUCGGUUUUGUUUUUUAUAAAUUUUUUUUGACGUUGAAGUCCGGAAUCUAAACAUUUAUUCAUACCAGUGGGGUGUUCCUGUAUAAGAAAGCUCAAAAGGACUUUGAACUAUUCUUUUAGGGGAGAACCCAAAUCUUGGUAUGGGGUGCCGGGUCCAGAUGCAACAAAGUUUGAAGAUGCCAUGAGAGAAACUGCACCAGAGCUGUUUGAACAAGCCCCUGAUUUACUGCACCAGCUGACCACUAUUAUGAAUCCUAAUAUUUUAAUGAAGAAAGGAGUGCCUGUAUGUUAAUAUUUUCAGUGGUUUCUAUUUCCUGAUCUGUAUGUUAUGCUAGUCAAAUCAUAUAUUUAUGUCAUUAAAUUAGGUAAUAUGUGUUAAUAAAUUUGAAAGAAAUAUAGACUGUAAAAAAUCAAUUUUCAAGUUCUUGUUUUAAUGCUAUAGUAAUAAUAAUGAAUUAAAACAAAAUAUUUUAAAAUUUGUCAAAACAUAAAACAUUGUAUCACCUUUUGGCAGAUUUUCCGCACAGAUCAGUGUGCAGGAGAAUUUGUGGUGACAUUUCCAAGGGCAUAUCAUGCUGGCUUUAAUCAGGGCUACAACUUUGCUGAGGCUGUAAACUUCUGUCCUGCAGACUGGGUGAGAGAAUAAAUAUUUGGUUAAUUUUUCCAAAACGAUUAUGAUUUUCAUAUGCAGAUCAUGAUUAUAAAAGGCGUGCACUGUCCGUGCGGCUAUUUUAAGACACUCCAUGUUAAUCAUGAUCAAUAAUAUUGCAGUUCUACUAACUCAUAUAUAUAUUUUGAUUUUAGUUUAAAAAAUGUAUUAAUUUUAAAGAGGAGCUUUCAGUUUAUACUGGCUCGCAAGCCAAAUUUUUUGGAACUAAUGCAGUGUUAAAGGUUGUUUAGCUUGUGAGCGGGUCACGGUAGAUUUUUAUGAUUUUCCCCAGAUACAUUGAUUCUGUUAUUGAAAAAAAUGAAGAAAAAAUAACUAAAUGAGUCAACAAAAACCCAUGCAUGACACUAUUUUUCCUCAUUUCCCAAAUGCAAUGAUUUGAUUUACUUAGAGAGUAUAAAACCUAAAAUUGUAUUAGAUGAUGAUAUCUGUCUUUAGAACAGUCAGGGUUUGUUACCAGCUUCAGGCCUAUUUAUAUUUAAUACUUUUAAAAUGAGAUCUGAAGUUAAUAUGUUAGCAGAAUAUAAGCCCUUGUAAAGUCAAGGCGUCAAAAUAUUUCUUUCCAAAUGGCAGUCAUCUAUUUAGGAAAUGUUCACUAUGUUUACCGCAUAUAUUGAUAGACACGCCAAGCGAGUAUAUGCGUUAUAAAUAAUACUUAAUGUGUUAAUGUUUAUUAGUUUUGACAUCUUUUGAAUUACGCACUAAUUCUUUUGCAUUCAUAAUAUUUUUAACUGCAGUGCUUCUAUUAGCUUUUUAUUUUAUGGGGUUAGCUUAUGAGCGGGUUAUACACUUUUAGGGCUUUUCCCGGCCAAGUCUGAGGGGGGUUGACUUUUGAAUUAAUGGGCUUUAGAACGAGUAGAUUUUAUAGCUAUUUCUAUUUGAGAAAAUACUGAGAAUAAUUUGUGAUAGUAUUUGAAGAUUGUUUUUACAAAGCUAAAAUUUUGGUUUGUUUAUUACAGCUCCCUAUAGGUAGGGCCUGCAUUGACCACUAUAGAACUCUUCACCGUCAGUGUGUUUUCUCACAUGAAGAACUCAUCUGUAAAAUGGCUGCAGACCCAGAUAGUCUUGACCUUAACCUUGCAGCUGCCACGCAUGCAGACAUGCUAUCCAUGGUAGAGGAGGAGAGGGAUCUUAGGAAGGCAUUGUUGGAAAGGGUAAAAUGAAAUUUUGCUAAACAGUCUCUGUCCAAUGAUUUUAUAAAUUGGGGUGCAUUUAACUGAUUGCAAUAAAAACACAGUGCCCUUGUUGUGAUUGAAUCAAGAGCAAUAAAAAUAAAAAGUGAUAUUAAAAGUAAUACAUUUAUUAAUAAUACAAAAGCCAAGACAUUUAUUUAAAGUCGAUAGAAAUGGACGACAUUCUUAUGUUGUUACAUUUUUUUCUUAUUUAAAAGUAAAUAGAUGCAUAAAACUUACCAUAAGAUUAGCAUUAUGUCUUUAUUAAAAAAAAAUAAUCCAGUCAUUAUCUUGACCAUAUGUAAUGUGCCAGGAAGUUAGUAAUAAGCCCUCUUAAUAAAGAGACACUAAAGACCAUAUAUUGUUGGUUUCAAUAACAAACCAACUUGUCUCGUUAUUUAAAUUAACGCAAUCUUUUAUACCAGGGUACAUUGAAUGCAGAGAGAGAAGCAUUUGAGCUGUUACCAGAUGAUGAGCGUCAGUGUGAUGUCUGCAAAACAACAUGCUUUCUCUCAUCAGUCACAUGCCCUUGCCAACCAAGUGAGUAUGGCAUCAGCAUAAACAAAGUUUCAUUUUUAAUAAAAAAGUAUUUUUUUCUUAGAAUAUUUUGAGUUAUUAAAAAAAAAACCAACCCCGUUAUUGAGUAUAGUUUAUAUAUUUAGUUACUUUACUUAAAUUUAACUGAUUAAUAAAUUAAUAAUUUGUAAUAUCCAUGUUGUCGUUGCCCAUUCUGAUUACUUCUAAGAUUUAAACUCUAAUUGGUUCAAUAAAUGAAUUCUAUGCAUCAUUUUGCACAUUUUUUUUCUAAAUUUACUUAAAGUCCUAUUAAUGUGUAACUGCACAGAUCGUCUAGUCUGCCUGUACCAUGUUGAGGACCUCUGUGAAUGCUCAGCUUCUCGUCAUGUGUUACGUUACCGAUACACAUUGGAUGAGUUGCCAAGUAUGUUACAUCGUCUUAAAGUUCGUGCAGAAUCCUAUGAUAACUGGACCAUGAUCGUGAGAAAUGCAUUAGAGGCUGCAGGAGAUGAUAAGCUGGGUAAAUUAAUCUAAAUUUAUUUAGAUUCUUGCAAAUAGAUUUUCAAAUUGAAGAUUGUCUCUCAAAUAUUAAGUCAGUAAAUAGAUUCAACAAUUGAUAUCUACCUUAGAAUAUUUUGAACAUUUACUCUAUUAACCAUGUACAUUUCUUGGCCAUCUCCAACUAUUAUUAUUAGUUUUACCACUACUUUUGUGAAAAAUAUUUUUCAAUGAUUUUAUGCGUCACAAAAUAAGUGCAUAUUUGGGUUUGGUUUGUUACCACUGAACAGUGAUUCUCAGAGCGCUUUAAUUCUCUUAUUUGGUAUAUUUAAACUGAAAUAGAUAGUGAACAGGGACUGGUGAAAAAUUAUUUAUCCCUAACCAUAAAACCCCUAUGAGUAAAACCUCAUAAAAAAAGGAUUUUUUGUUUGUUUAUGUCUCUUCAGAAUUAAAUCAAUUAAAAGAGUUGAUAGGUGAGGCAGAGGAAAAGAAGUUUCCCGAGUCUGAUCUCCUCCAGACACUGAUGAAUGCUGUGACUGAGGCUGAGAAAUGCUCUAAUGUAGCUAAUCAGCUAGUUAGCAAGAAAGUUAGGACAAGGUCAAUUAUACCAUCAACUUUAUUAUUUACAGAUAUAUAGAAUUAUUUAUCUUAAUUUUUUUUUUUGUAGCUUCUUUUAGAAUUGAACACCCUAUUUAUUUAAAAUAUGGAUACUUUAUGGAAUUAUUAACCUUUAUAAAAUAGUUAUUUUUUGUAGAUUUCAGCUAUGGUUCUGCACAUCAAUUGAUCACUUAAAUAAACAUUGAAUUUAAAAGUAAUGAUUUGGUUCUAUAUUUUUGUUUUUUUUUCACAUAAAAAAAACAACAGGAACAGACAAUCAAUUGAAGGUAAAUAUGUGGCAAAGUUGACGCUUGAUGAGCUGAACAGUUUCUAUGAACAAGUUAAUGGGCUUCCAUGCAUUAUAGAAGAAACAAAAUUGAUCAAAGUAAGUUAGACAAUGUUAUUGUGGUGUCAUUCAGGACUUACAGAUCGAUUCAUAUCAAAAAUUAAUUCCAUAAAAUGAUUCUAGAACGUAUAACCUUUGUUAAUUACUUUCAUCAAGUUUUCUCAUUAGAUAAUCUUAGUAACUUAUGACAGUGUAGUGGAUAAAAAUAGUUUUAAUUUACAUUGACAAUGAACAGAGGAUUAAUUUGUAGCAAAAUGACUAACUUAAUCACAAAAUAAUUUGGAGGAGAUCACUGAAAUUUAUGGUUAAUGAGAAACCUUUAUAAAAACAUCCAGAUUGUAAACAAUUUUGUUCAAUUUUUUUCUUGUCAGAAAUAAUUUACUGAACAUUUUUAUUAGGAGCUGCUUGACAAAGUUGUUGAGUUCAGAGAAGAAGUUCAAGAUGCUUUAGAUGCUGAGACACCUGACUCAGAACAGGUGGAAACAUUGAUUGAGAUAGGUAUCAGUCUCGAUGUCGACUUACCAGAGAUUCCCAAACUCAAACAGGUCAAUAUUAUAUAAGAAACUGAACUUAACUACCACAGAAUUAUCUGUUUAUAUGAAGUAAUAACACUGUGUUACAUUAUACAUUUUUAAAAACAAAUCUUCAAACAGUUUUUUUAACAACUAUUUUUUUGCAAAAAGCAACUUAAAAAAAAAAAAUUUAACUUGAAGCACUACUGACAGUAUCUACUUAAUUAAUAGGUACUGCAACAAGCUCGCUGGUUAGACAAUGUCCGUCUAUCUAUGAAGGAGCCCAAUUCAGUAACUCUUGAUGUAAUGAGGAAGUUGAUAGAGUCAGGUGUCAGCCUUGCGCCGCAUCCAGCUGUAGAAAAAGCCAUGGCAGAAUUGCAAGAGCUCUUGACAGUCAGUGAAAGAUGGGAGGAAAAAGCCAGAAUCUGUCUACAAGCAAGGUACAAUAAAAACAAGCAGUUUAAAAUUUAAAAAAAAAUUAAUUGACAUUUUGAAAUUUACUGUAAUCUUCUUGUAAUACACAGGUAGGAAUUAAAAUAGUUAAAAAGAUAACCACCAUUCAGGUUUGACUAAUAGCAUUACUUUACAAAAUAUUUUUCAAAUGACCUUAAAAAGAAACCUAGCUUUGUCUUUUAAAAGCGAUUAAAACUAAUCUUCCUCUCAUACUAGGUUUGGAUUGAAUGAUAUAUAGUUUUUUGAGCAUCUAAUUAUCGCCUCUGGAUAUGUGUUAUUAUUAGCUUUGAGUCACAAUGCCUAUGUCCUGAGUGACUGAGAAGCUCAUGCUAGUUCAUUUGUGAUUAUUCUCUUUUUUUAAAGUUUUUUGAAAAUAUAUUAAGAUUGUUAGCUUUAUAUUUAAAUGGACAUUUUUUAAAAUGUUCAGUUUUUACAAAAAUUCUUUGAAUGGAAACCAGAAUUUUAGAUAAACCUUUUUUGAUUGCAAGGGAUAAUUUAUACAUAAUUUAUUACUCAACUGGACAAUGAAUUUAUCUGAUGCAGGCCCAGACAUCUUCUAACAACGCUUGAAGCUAUUAUAGCUGAAGCGAGGAACAUUCCUGCUUACCUACCUAAUAUAGCUGCAUUGAGGGAGUCAGUCAAGAAAGCUAAAGAAUGGAUUCAGAAGGUAUUAAAUAAAUAUAAUAUAAACAGAAUAUGAGUAGCUUUGUUAUUAGAAUUAUAUUGUGUAUUAUUUUUGAUGAAACAAUAUUUUCUGCUAGAUUUGCAAAAUUAACUAUAUGAACUGUGCUUGUUUGCACAAUCUAUUUUUUGGACCAUUUGUGCUCGCAAAUUAUUAAAAUAAGUUAAGGAAGUCACAAGGAUUGAUUCCUUUCAACGUUACUGACGUUUAAUAUAAAAACAAAUUUGGCAUAGGUUGAAGCCAUUCAGAGUGUUGAACAGUAUGCUUACCUUGAGGUCCUUGAGGGUUUGGUAGCCAAGGGACGACCCAUCCCAGUACGACUAGAUCAACUUCCCCAACUAGAGUCUCAAGUAGCAGCUGCUAAAUCUUGGAAAGAGAGAACAGCAAGAACUUUUCUCAAGAAAAACUCUUCCUUUACAUUAUUGGAGGUAAAAUGAAACAUGUUAAUCAUAAGCAAAGGUUUUAAGAAAACUGCUUUUAUAUCUGCUACUUGUCACAAACAUAUUUCUGACAGAGAUUAAUCUAUUUUUAAAAUUUUUUCAAAGGUCCUUUCACCAAGAACAGACAUAGGAAUCUACAAUGGUGGUCGAUGCAAGAAAAAACGCUUGAAAGAUGUGGAGAAGAAAGAAGCUGACGGUGUUGUAGACUAUGCCAGUGAUGACAGUAGAAACUCUGGCGUGGUGAAUUGACUUUCAAAUAUUACUCUGAUCUUUACUAAAAGAGGAUCUAUAGAGUUGUUUCCUUAUUGCUUUUCUUGAAUCCCUGCUUUAUUGGCAUUUGUUAACAAUUUUCUUUUUCUCUUUGCUUACUCCAGUCGAUUCUUACUCAGGUUGCUGCCUUCAAAAUGGGAGAGGUGAAAGAGGUAGAGCUAAUGAGAGACCUCAGAACACGGAACAUGGAGAAGCGCCAUGACAGUGAUGCCAAGUUUUGUGUUUGUCGAAAACCAGCCUCAGGAUUUAUGUUACAAUGUGAACUCUGCAAAGAUUGGUUUCAUGGUGGGUUACGAUUUAUGACUCUAAAUACAUUUAUAACAUUACAAUUGGGUCUUGGAUUAUCAUGGUACUUAAAAUGGUUAUGGUCGGUACUGUUAUCGUUUACAUUGUUUGUGUUGCAGGUACUUGUGUAUCAUUUCCCAAGUCAGCCAGCAUUAAAAACAAAACCUCACAGGCAGCCAUCAUGCAGGUGAGUGUCUACAUUUCAAACCUUUUGUUCCAACGGUUUUCUUUAAGGUUUUUAAGAAUUUGCUUUGUAGCAUAUGAAUUUCUUGGUGACAAGCUUAAAAUGUUAUUCUAUGAACUGUAUUUUUUUUAAAUUUUAGGCAACAAAAGAAAUGAAGUUCCUCUGCCCAUUAUGUCUACGAUCUCGACGUCCAAGACUUGAAACUAUUUUAUCUUUGUUGGUUUCUCUUCAAAAACUUCCAGUACGUAUGGCUGAGGGAGAGGCUCUCCAAUGUCUCACAGAGAGAGCCAUGGCUUGGCAGGUUAGUAACUUUUUCAGAAUUGUCUUUCAUGAACGUUAUUGCGUUACUGUAAACAGGUAAUCACAAAAUGUCAUUAGACUAAGUGUUAACAGAAAAAGCUUAAAAAAGCUUGCACACUAAGAAAUGGACUAAGUUUGCAUUUUUUAUGUUUUGACAUGAACUGAAAAAAACAACAAAAAGAGUUAGCCAAGAUAUUUCUCAUGGAUUUUAAAUUCUGUGCAGGAUCGAGCACGUCAAGUUCUGACAACAACAGAUAUGGCUUCGGCCAUGGCCCAGCUAAGUGUCAUGAGCCAGCGUAUGGUAGAGCAGGCAGCUCGUGAAAAGACAGAGAAAAUCAUUAAUGCUGAGCUACAGAAGGCAGCCAAUAAUCCUGAGCUUCAACCUCACCUGGCCUCUGUAACACAGAGUGCAUUUGGUAAUAGAGACAUAUCUGCCAUGUCCUUGCUUCAACAUGCAAGCAAUGGGGACAUUGAAUCCAGAGACUUUGCCCAUGGCAACUUGGCAGCUAAACACCAUCCACUCUAUUCAGAGGAUCAUUCACACAGAGACUAUGAUUUGUCCAGGGAGGCAGGUGUGGGGGUCAACAUGGAUGACUGUGGUUCACCCACUCCAGGAAAUAUGUCACCACUCCCCCAGGCUCUAGUCCCAGCUCCCAAUCCUAUGUCCCAAGAUAUUGGAGCAGAGAUUGACAUCUCAUCUAUUACAUCUCUAGGAAUGUCCUCAGAACAUGCUUACUCAUCUGUGUCUAAGGGAGUCACAAGUAAGUGAAGUAUGAUAGUGCUGGGGUGCAAGCAGAAUUGGUUCAAUUUAAUUUCGUUGAAUUACAGCAGUUUCUUAAUACUCUUAUAUAAAGUAAGAUAAAAGAAAUUACGGUAUUGUACAGAAUACAUUUUUGUUUGUUUGUAAAAGGAGAUGAUGAGCACAAAAGCUUGUACAACUACUAGGGAUAAUAAUGAGUUAAUGAUGUCAUUUUAAUUUUGCUAUUUUAAUGUUGUUAAGUAUUAUCACUUAAAGGAAUGACUAAACAUAAUUUUAGUAGAGAUGACGAGGAAAGUCCCACUGGAUCCAAGCCCCUGAAGGAAAAAAUAUUCUUUCCCUGUGCAGAAAAUAUAAGGAAAAAAACAAGCCAUAGAUCAGUGGUGCACAGCAUAUCUGCAGCUCGUAGGUGCAGGCCAUAUCUGCAGCUCGUAGGUACAGGCCAUAUCUGCAGCUCGUAGUAAUUAAAUAAACAUGUUCCCCACUUUCAGACGGCUCCCCUCGAAAGAACAUACGCAAAUCACCCCUUAUCCCCCGUACUUGUGAAGUGCCCUUACUUGAUGUGGCUGAGACCAAGAGAGCUCAGCUGGAAGAGUUGAUGAUGGAAGGCGACCUUUUGGAGGUCUCACUUGAUGAGACACAACAUAUUUGGCGUAUACUGCAGGCCUGUUACACACGUACAGAGCCAAAUAGAUACUCUGACAUGGAGGUUAGUAUGAUGUGGCUUUGCCAGGGGUUAGUUUGUGUUCAAUGAGUCACUUUAGCAAAGAGGUUAAAAAACUGAGUUAAUCUCAGGGAACCGAUGACUUUUAUAAUAGGUAAUGAAGACGCUAUGUAGACUAAGAAGAUUUUUGACCAAAAAAAAAACAGAAAAGGGUCUGUAUAACUUGUAUAAUAACUUAAGUUGUCCUUGUUUUUGUGUUUAAUAUUCUUGUAUUAUUUGCUCAAAAUGGUUUUGUAAAAUAUCCUUUCAAAAUAGCUGUCCAACCAAAGCAUGUUUGAAAAGAAUAGAGAGAAGAAGGAAAUGAAGAAGAAAGACAAAGAUAGUAUGGUGAAGAAUAAAGAAAGAAUGAAGAGAAAGAAGAAGACUGGAGAAAACAGACUGAGUGACAUGAUGAUUAAGAGGAUUAAAGUAGAAAAUGGUGUGGAGACUAUCAUCAAGAAAAAGAAACUGCAGCAACAGAAGAAAAAAGAAUUGUUAUCAGACAAUAAAGACUUCCUCAAAUGUAUGUUUAAAAUAUCAACUCAGGGUUGUUUAGUUCUAUUUUAACUGAAUUAUUUAUAUUUUUAAGUUGUACUGAACUGAGUAAUAGUAUUAGAUUGUGACUAUACAGUUAUUUGUGGCUUGUGCAAAACUCAAAAAAAAAUUUCAUCAGCUUUAUCAUUUUGGGAAUAUUAUUAGAGCUGGACUAAACAUCCUAGUAUUUCUACUUAAGAAGAUUUCUGACAUUUUUUAUUUAAUUUCUUUCAGUGAAGCUGAAGGGCUCAGGUGAUGCUGGUACUCCUGGGCUUGAGGGAAAACCAAAAUUAAAGAAAAAGAAAAAACUUCUGAAAAAUGCUCCAGCAGUUAGUCCACCAUCUACAGGAGGACCACCUCCAACUACUGAGCCAUCAGAGGCUGGAGUUUCAGCAGGUGCUACUCCUGGAGGUGGAGGCACUCUUAAUAACAAGCCAAAGGAGAGGAGACCAAAAAUGAGAAGGGAGAGAAAAGUUAAAGAAGAGCUUGUCAUGAUGGAUGACAGUGAUGAUAAUGAUGAGGAUUGCUCAGCUUUCAAAUGUCUCAGACCAACAGGUGAGUGAAUCUGAUGGACAGUGUUAACAGAUGAUCCUAUAGAAAUGUUAGUCCCUGGAAAUGCUGUAGGAUGUGGUCUAAUUAAUGCUUUGUAAAGAAAAAAUGAAAACAAUCCAGUCAGUUUUAUUCUCUCUAGUGUAGAGCUACUUUAAUGUACAAAAGCUUGUUCCAUUGUAAGAUGCAUGUCAUUAAUGUUAUUGUUUUUGUCUGAACAAUUUCGUUUGGGGGGGGGGGAUUAGCAUUUUACAUUUGUUAUUUGUUGACCAAUUUAGUUGAUUUUUUAAAUGGUGGUUUAUAUGUACAUAGUAAUGAAUAUUUGAAUGAUGUUAUUGAAUGCCUAUACUCCACAGGGGAAGCUGUGAAUUGGGUGCAGUGUGACCGCUGUGAACUAUGGUUCCAUCUUCUCUGUGUUGGCCUCAAAAAAGAGGAACUUCGCGAUGAUGAGGAUUAUGUUUGUUUCAGCUGUCGAGAGGGGAGCAGUGUGGCCCUGGUGGGAUCCCCUGGCAAGAGUGGCUCCGGGGACUCUCCCAUGGGGGCAGACAAGAUAAAGAAAGAGCCAACUGAUCAUGUGUUUGAUGCUAGCCCACCAUGUUCUCCUAGUGUGAGGGCAGCCGCAGAAAAAGCAAUCUCCGAUGUCGUGGAAGCCGUGGCCGCAAGCUCCAAGGAGCGUAGAUUGGAAGCAGAGAAAAGAGUGGAGGCUGUAGAAUCAAUGAUGCAGUUGGAGAGAGGGAUACCCUCUGCUGAUUCUUGCCCUCCCUCUGGUGGUGUGUCAGAAAGUAUGUGUACCUCCACUUGUGCUGACACGCCUGCAGAAGUUGGUCAAGUACCUACAGGAGCCGCCGCCAAAUCAGGAACAGAUGAAGAUGAUGAUGUCCUUGUUGUUAAUGCUGAACCACAGGAAGAAAUAGAGAUGGAAAUAGAGGAUGAUGAGGAGGAGGACAAGGCAGAGAAAAAUGAAGAUGAUAAUGAAGGGGAAGAAGAGGAGGAUGAGGACAUAGAUGAUGAGAAUGAAGAAGAUGAUGAUGAGGAAGAUGGGGAAGAAGAGGAUGAUGAUGAGGAUGAUGAAGAGGAUGAUGAUGAAGAUGAAGAUGAGUUAGUUUUGGAUGAAGAUGAAGAGAAAAUGUCACAUAGUGGUGAGGGUGAGGACAAUGCAGCAGAAGAGGAGGUCAUAGAACUAGCAGAGGAGAGCAAACAGGAAGAGAGCCGAUUUUGUACAGAGAAUACUGGUGUGGAAGAAAAUGUGAUCAAGGAAGUUGUGCACACUCCAGAAGUGGAAGGAGUUCUUACUGCCUCCAAAGAAGCUGCUUCCCCAUGUAUAGAGACUGGAAGUUCUGCCCUUGGGGACAGCUCCUGACACUAACCUUCUCUGUUUCACAUCAUGUGGCAGGCAGUGAAUGUUGGGUCAUUGUGUGAAAGUGUUUAUUAUCCUCAUCCCAUGCCACCAAUCUUCCUGUCAUAUUCACUUAAAAAAAUAACUAUAAAUACAUAUACGUAUUCAUUCAUCUUCAUUUCUCUUGCUUCAAGUUCUCAUUUUAAUGGCUUUUGAUUAUUUUGGUAUGUGUUUCAUGAAACUAUCUAUUUCAUGGUUAAUUCAGGUUUUUUCUAUUGAGAUUUAUUCUUGUUAGAGUCUUAUAACAUGUCCAAUAAUUGUCUUUAACUGAAGAGCUAGGCAAGUCCUCAGAAAAUGAUGCACCUUAAUUGUAUAAUCAUGGUACAAUCACAUAUUUGGGUGAUUUGUUGUAUUGUUUGCGUGAGUCAUGAAAAAGUCUGAUUAUUCCACAUAUGCUUUGGCAAUGUUUUAUUCAAUAGAAUAAUAAACUAGCUAGAGACAAAGACCCACUUUUUUAAAGAGAUUACAAAAUAUUUUUUUUUUCUUGCUCAUGCUUAGUCAAAAUUCUGUGAUUCAUAAAUUGUUCAUGUAUGAUUAUUAUUAUUUUUGUAAACCUUAAAAUGAUACUAAAAUUACUUCAUUUCAAAAGACACACAAUGCAGUGAUUCUUGUAUUAAUACUAACAUUCUAGAACUUGCAAAUUGAUGCAAAAGUAAUGAAUUCUUCUCACUGAUAUUCAUGGUCAGUUCAGUAUUUAGAAAAUCAAUAAUUGAGUUAAGAUAAUACAAAGAUGAUCUUGUUGUUUUUCCAUCCCCGAAAUAUUUCUUACAAUAAAAUAGGAAUUUUUUUUCAUUACCGGUAUUGAUUAAGAAAUUUUCCAUUAAAGAUUGCUUUAUAAUACAUAAUUUGGUAGAAUUGCUUUAUAAGACAGAUUGAGAUAGCAGUAGGCUAGUGACAGAAAUGUUACAAGAUCUCCUCAAUGAACUUAUAAAUUUGUCAUAAUUUUUAUUUUAUUAGAAUAACAUACUGAAUAAUUGGGCCAGUGUUGUAUGUGUUUGACUUGAGAUGUCUGGCAUAUAAACAUCUGAUUACGAGGGCUGAGCCAGGUGCAGUUCUUUAAAUAGCUUAAUAACCCAGGGGUUCUCAAACUUUUUAGUGCCGCGACCCCUUUUAUAAAUUUUGCUAAGUGUUGUGCCAACAGGUAUCAUUAAAAAAUUUUGAAAUAUGAAAAAAAACUGCCAAAAUAUUUAUGUUAAAUUAGCUGCUGACAUCUACCAAAUGAAUAAUUGUUUUAUUUUCUGUAUUGUAGCCAAGAUUGUACAAUAAGAAAAAUAGUAUCAUCACUGAUGAUAAUAAUGAAAUUGAAAAUUCAAAAACAGAAAUAAUGCACAUUGUACGCACAAACUCCCCAAUUUCUGAAUUUCUCAAGCGACAUUUUGUUACAUGAUUCCAAGGAGAUCACGACCCGCAGGUUGAGAAUCACUGCCUUAACAUAACAAAUCACAGAUGGAGCUGAGCUGCGCUAAAUGCUGGUUACUGGUUGGUAGUAGCAGUUUUCAUUUUUCUGCUACCAACAUACAUCUAUUAUUUUAAUAAAUAUUUACAUCAUUAUCAUGGCAACACCAUUCCAGACUUCCUUCAGUUAAGCGAUUUGUUUCUCGUUUUAAAUGAGUUUUAAAUAACAUUACUAUUAUUGAAUAAUAUGAGAGAACUUAGAAAUGAUCUAGAGAGAUGCAAAACAACUUUUGGCUAAUCAGUGUCAUCAGCCAGUUAGCAUUUGAAAUGAAUAAAUAUUAAUUUUGAAUAGUAAGAGCCAUGGUCAUAAACAAAGAUAUGGAUCUUGUUAAGAUAAGUUAUUACAAAAAAUGUGCAGCAUUUACAUUAUUAUAUUCAGAGCUUUGCAGUUUCAUUUAUUAGCUUACAUUUGAUUUGCACUGAUAUUUUUAUUAUUUAUUUAAUUCAAAAAAAAUUUACAAACAAAUUAUGUAAAAAAAAAGAAAGGAUGUACUGGUUCUAGAUGGGUAGAACACAUUCUAUAAAUAAGAAGAUAAUUCUUUUAUUUUUAAACACCUGGACCAGGUUUUUUUUUUUUGCCAGGUCCGGGUGUGCUAAUACACGGCAUUGCCCAGUAUCUGGGUCAGCACCCGGCUCGGCCCUAUUACUCUUGGCAGACGCAUGAAUACAACAUUCAAUUGAGAUGUUCAAUUACUACAAAAACGCAUUGAAAUUUGAGAUGAUUGAAAUGAACAUUUUCUUGAUGGUUUAACAAAUUAAAAUAAAUGACAAUAGCCUCAAGUAUCAAUACUUGACAAGAUUUUGUUUAACACAUUUCAAGUAUUGCUUAGUUCAAAUGGAGAGGUCAUUUUAAAGUAUUAUUAUUUUUUUUAUAAACAUUUUCAAAAGUUAAAUUUUCUUUUGAAAUUAGUUUGAAUAUUCAAUGCACGGGGCAAUUCUUACACACAAUCUUUCAUUUUAUCAUAAAUAUUGAAGGUUGAGUGUAAAAAGUGCCUUUUUUUUUUUACAUGGUCUCUUGAUUCAGUUCAAGAACUUGCAGUGAAGUCUCUGGUUGAGAAUUUUAAUUUUUGAUUAGUUUAAUUACAACUUCACAACCUAACAUACACUUAACUGUAGAUGAAUAUUUCACUGGUCAAAUCAACUGUUUUAUAUUAAUUAUUUCUCUGGGGCUGGCUGUGGAUUUCAUCAAAACAUUUGCACCAAAAAAAAACUAUCAGUUUAUAUUUGACCACAAUGUGGGAAAUCAUAACUGUUAAGUAGUAAAUUAUGAAGCCAUCUCAGAAACUCACUGUUAAGUAGUUUGAUGAACUUUCAUCCCAGGAUCAAAUCUACAGUGAUAAUUUAAACAUUUUCUAUUAUUUGACUGCUUGGAAUUGAGCUUAAACUAUUUUCACUGCAAAGUGUUUAUUGGAAAAAUAUAAUUGCCAUUGUCAGUUGUAAAUUUUUUUUUUCCCAGUAUUUUUAGUUAUGGAAAACUUCUGAAAAUUCCUGAAAAAAAGUCCUUUUAGUCAUCCUAUUUAUUGAAAAACUCUCAUCCGAAUAUCAUGAAUCAUUUCACCCAAUCACCUGUCAAGGUUUUGCCCAGAAAUCUGUGAUACACUAAGAAGCAUCUAGACACAUUGAUUAUUUCAUUUUGCUUUUAACUUACGUUACUGGUGUUUUUUUUCUUCAUAUUUCAUCUUAUAAGCCUUAAACUAAAAGUAGCUAUUGCCAAACCCCCCCCCUCUAUGACUAUGUAUCAAACUUUGGAUGGCUUCAAAGGCCUUACUUGUCAAAUACAGUGAUUUAUUUAAACAAAUAAAAAUGUCCAUUAAUUGGUAUAUUCAGAUUUUGUUUCAUGUAGAAAUAACAGGCGCUAAGCAGUUUAUUCCUAGCUUUCUCUGAUGGAUGGUGUACAAUGGUUACAUAUUCAAAUGUAUAUCUCUUUGAUCAUUUCCAUUUUUUUUUUGGUCAUUAUUUUACCCGGGAAUAUAACUGUAAUGAAAUGAAAGGGAAGGACAGUAGCCUAUAUUAAUGUCUGUGAAGUGGCUGCUAUGAUUGAGUCGAGCAGCUUGUAAGUAUGUUGUGUAACAUAUCACCAUGAAAUAGUUGAUACCAGUUGUACAUAUUAGUUGUACCGGUAUCAACAAUGGGUAAUGGCAGUUAAAUUAUAUGCAUUACAUGUGGCAAUAUCUGUUGGAUAAUUUAUACGUUGAAUGUUACAAUCGCAAUUGUCGGGUAGUAAAGAUAGGUGAGGCAAACAAUCAGUUUCAGAUGAAUUUGGAUGUGACAAACAUUGUAACUAUGUGAUGUAGUGACAAAGAUGUGUUGACUAGUUAGCAGCUUUUGUUUUAAAUUUUGAUGCAUUUGCUGAAAUUUUCAUUUGGAAUACCACCUUUCUAGUGGGUGAUCUUACUAUUGUUUGUAUGUUUUAUAGUUUUGGCAAGAUAAUUUUCUACAAAUCAACCAAGUAGUGUAUGCCAUGUAAACGAUGCCAAGAAUGGUUGCAUGGGCAAAUAAGAAGUAAAAAAUUGUGUGGCUGUAUGAAUCCCAAGGGUUGCUAAUAUAUAUUUUGGCAUAUUUCCAUCUCUGUUUGGCAAUGAAUGUGUGUGUUAUACCUCGAUAAUAUACACUGUAAACUAGGAAGUCAAUGUAAAUCGUCCUAAGAGUGAAUUCCUUCACAAACUUGAUUAUUUAUAAAUAUUGUAUUCAUUUAUUCAAAACAUUUAUUCAAACAUUGUAAUUUUAAUUUCUGAUAUUGUCAGCAUGUCACCAUGCAAAAUCUAUUGUCAUGUAUCCAUUGAAAGUAAAACCAUUUAUCUUUUUGUUGUUCCAUUAAAAAACUAUUUAUAUCCAAUGCCAUCCUUGUGUGUCUCCCCAACCAUUAACCAAUCAAAUUACCAGGAAUAGUUGAAGUAGUACAUUGCAAUGAGGUUAAAUGAAUUAAUGUUACUGAGAAAGAAAAGAAUUGUGAGCAAACAUUUGUGUUGUCAGUGGAUCAGCGGUUGGUCAUGUAAACAUAUGUUCAUGUUUAUUAUAACAAUUAUUUACUGAUAGGUUCUUGAGAAAUCAAUUAAAAAAAGACUCAAUUUUUCAACUACAAAUUGUCUUCUUUUGAGUACAUGUCUUAUAUUUGUUACAUUAAAAAC